CUCUCUCUCUUUUUUGUCUCUCUCUCUCUCUCUCUCUCUCUCUCUCUCUCUCUCUCUCUCUCUCUCUCUCUCUGUGUCUCCCUCUCUCUGUCUCUCUCUCUCUUUACUUUUCAAAUAUAAUUCAAUAUAAAUCAAGUCUAGGCGUGAUAUCAAAACAAAACAGAAAAGCAGAUUAUUGACAAUCUAUCUAUCUAUCUAUCUAUCUAUCUAUCUAUCUAUCUAUCUAUCUAUCUAUCUAUCUAUCUAUCUAUCUAUCUAUCUAUCUAUCUAUCUAUCUAUCUAUCUAUCUUGGGAAAUCUAAUUAUUUUAUAUUAUCUUGUAUUAUUUUAUAUAUAUUAUUUAGAAUGUGCUGCUAUUGUUGUUUUAGUGGUUGAUGUUUUUCUCAAACAGCAGGUCCCUACGAUUAUUCCUCACAUCUGUCACCCCGAUGGUUUACACCAAACAGAUGGAUUUGUUAGAAAUGAUCUUGAAGCCUCUCACACACUGCGGUGGAAAGCAGGGUGGCUGCUGUUGCUGCACACGGCCAUGCGCUGAACGAUGGUGCAUCAGGAGAAAUGUGUUUACCAGGCCCAGAGGAUCGAGAGGGAGUCCAUCAGACAGAAACUGGCCCUCGGCAGUUUCUAUGACGACGGGCCCGUUUUCUUCACCAGCAACAUCUCCCCGUCCCCACGGUUUCAGAGUGGUGUGAACCUGCAGGUAUGCUUUGUGAAUGACAGCAGCAGCGAUAAGGACAGCGACGCCGAGGACAGCAGGACAGAGACGAGCCUUGACACGCCCUUGUCUCCCGUGAGUAAGCAGAGCUCAUCGCUUUCGGACCGGGACACAUGUGAGGAAGAGGAAGAGGACGGGGAGUUUUGGCGGCUGCAGCGGCGGCUUGAGGAGGAAGCACGUGGGGCCCUGGCUCUAGCUCGGCCCAUGGCACGCAUGCAGGUGGAGGUGGAGAGACACGUGCAGCUACACCGCAGGUCUCCGGUGGCCGAUCUGUUGCCGCACAUGCCGCACAUCAGCGAGAGUCUGAUGAAGAGGAGUCUGAGGCCCGUGGACCUGAGAGACAUGAGUCUGGGGCAGUUACAGGUCAUCACCAAUGACCUCCACUCACAGAUACAGGGUCUGAACGAGGAGCUCGUGCAGCUGCUGCUCCUGAGAGACGAGCUUCACAUGGAGCAGGACGCCAUGCUGGUGGACGUGGAAGACCUGACCAGGCAUUCGCACAAUCAGCAGAGACACGUGUCCAAAAGAAAAGGUGCCUGCUCCCUGUGAUCCCGCUGACCCUCUGGAGCAGUUCAAGAGCCGUUAGUGUUGUGAAAGCUCAGCUUAAAUAGACCUGUGUGUUUCUUUUCAUGUGUUCCAAGCUUCGUGUGUCAAUCAGUCAUGCUGUGAGCUUUCACUCUUGCCCAUGCUAAAGCAGGAGAACGGAAAGGUCCACGGUGGAAGCUGCAGGCUCGUGUCGGCUGUAAAACGAUCUCAGUCUAUAGUCUACAUCAUACUUUAUAUAUAUAUAUAUAUAUAUAUAUAUAUAUAUAUAUAUAUAUAUCAGCAUUGCUAUUGAUCAUAAAGCUGUACGAAUGUAAGGCCUGCAGUCUGCUGACGGGGAAGUGGAUCUCGCGCCACAUCGUUUAGAAAUGCAGCGAAUCUGUUUCAUAGCAUAGACAGAUCAUAGCGAACAAAAUGCGAAUGUUAGAAUUCUAAAUAUACUGAUUAUAACUCUAUAAUUCAAGUUAUUACAUCAUUAUACUUAUAUUUUUCUUAUAUAUUGUUUUUCGGUAAUUUAUAGUCAUAAUUCUAUAACUCUAGCAUUAUAUUUCUCGACUCAUAGCCAUAACUUUAUUAUUUUAGCCGUCAAGCUCAACGAUUACUGACUUCUACUUGUCAUUGAAUUCUAAUUGUAGAAUUAUCUCGCUAUUCUAUAAUUGCAGUUCUAACUCUAAUCCGUUCAAAUUCUACAAUUUUGCCAUUAUACCUAUAGUAUCUUUCCGUUAUACUUACGGUAUCUAGAUCUACUCCGUAACGUUAAUUGUAGAAUUCGAUCGUCGUAGCUAUAAUUCUACGCAUUUGGCGUUUCUGUAACUUACAGCUGUAUUAGCAAAAGUUUAACCCGAAGGCUGUUAGAAAUCCUUUCGUGUAAGUUUAUAAUGCUUUUUUUUUUUUAACUCGAAUUAUAUUUAAAAACUUUUGACUGGCAGUUUAUUACUUCAAAUUCUCAUUUAUCGAAUCAAACGACAAGAUUAAUUCGGUAAAGUUCGCUUAACUACAUAGCUAGCACAAGAUUCCAAAACACUUUAAAGCUGACGAGAUUAAAGGUUUUGUUCCCAUCCAGAAUCUACGGUGGCCGAGAAGUGCAAAACAAAUUAACAAAUCCAAAAACACAUUAACAAAUCCGAAAACACAACGACAAGUCAGACAACCCGUAAACGGUAGGUAUAGUUUUUGAAUGGAAACUUACCGAUCAUUGGACAAGACACCUGUCACUCAAGAUAUACAGGUAUGGAAUCUUAUGUGUAAUGUGCAAAGUUCUCCGUUUAAAUAUAAGAAAAUAACAGAAUUAAUCCACAGUAAUCCAUUCCAUCCAUCCAUUCCAACUUUUCCCUGCGGCACACUGUUGAACUUCAUGUAUACCUUGAGUGACAGGUGUCUUGUCCAAUGAUCGGUACGUGUUCCAAUCACAAACUAUACCAACCUCUUCCGGGUUGUCUGAAUUGUCGUUGUGUUUUUGAAUUUGUUAAUGUGUUUUCGGAUUUGUUAAUGUGUUUUGCACUUCCCGGCCACCGUAAGAAUCCCAGAAUCCUUGCAUGCCGUUUAUACACGACAGACUUUCCCUCCUAACUAAUAACCUUAACCUUAUAUCACUGUAUUAAUCAUGCUAACAUACAUAGUCCUUCAUACUAAACUCUCACGAAUCCUAACUUUCCACAUGAGCUGGCAGAAUGAGUGACCAAAACUACACGAGCGUCAGCAAAACUUCAGCUUAAAGUUUAACUGCCGUCAGGUGCAAACAUCACCGGACAAAAGUUUACGAUUUUCUUGAUGAUUUUAAGCGACAUUUCUAUUAAUCAUUAAAGACCGCAGCAUUUUCAUUGCCUCCGUUUGCUAAGGUGUGUUAAUGUGGCUAGAGUAAGAGUAAGUACCAGUGUUCAAAGAGAUUAUAGCUGACAGGAAUUAAAACAAACAAACAAACAAAUAAAUAAAUAAAUUAUCACACUACGGUUGCUAACAAACCUAAAAAAAAAGUAUAUUAACAUUUAACAUGGUCUCUGGAUCUUAAAUUAUUUGCACUUACGCCAACAUAGCUAAAGGUGAAAAUGUCGCUGUAGCAUUUGUCAAGCUAAGAAUUUGUUUAAAUUGAUGCUCAAUUAAAGUAGCUAAAGCUAAAGCUAGCUUACUUUUUUAGUAAUGAACCCGGAUUGGCCGUUAACUAAAAAAGUAAACAAACAGGAAAUGUGUCUAGCUAUUUGUAACUUUACUUGUACUUUAGUUGGUCAUGUGGGUUUUUUCCCCGUCGGCCAACAUUUUGUUGAAUCUUGAAGCAAGGUCAUGUUACGAUGUUGGGAACGCUAGCUAAAGUGACGUACGGCUAUCGCUCCCAUUUAUCCCGUAUGAUGUAAUGACAAACCUAGCCGAUUUUAAACCGCGAAAUAACAUUUAACAAACCUGGAAAUGAGCUCAUAAGUAACAUUCUUUCUAGCUACAGUUCGGAAGAAUUGCAAAGAAUGCUUUGCUAAAUGGUAAAAUGUUAGCACGAUAACUUACGCAAGAUGUUCUACGAAACCUGAUCCGUUAUUAUGUUAGAAGAAAAUCCAUUUCCUAGCAGUGCGAGUAAUCUUUGGAUGAAAUUAAAAAAGUCUGAAGGUCUAGAAGUCUGGAGUCAGAUACGCUAAAGUAACAACCGCUCAAUAAACAUCUUACUUGCAAACA